UCCUCUUAUCGACAAAAGAAAUCUACGACCUUAUCAGCGAACCUCGCCUUGCCGAGCACGAAUACAACCACCACCAACGCCUGAUUACUCGCCCCCUUCCAACGACAAGAAAUCCUUUUGCAUCGAUCUACGAGCUUCAUACCACAGACAACACACAACAAUCCGUGCCUUCUUCGAACCAAACAAACCAGAAACCAAAUGCCAUCCGUCGCCGAGGAGUAUCCACGGCUGAUGGCGAUGGCGUCCGGCAGAAAGCGCAGACGAGACGUCAACGACGCCAACAGCAACGACCUGCAUUUGCCAGCCCCCCUGCCUAUUCAGCAACAGAUUCUACAGCAGCAACAGCAGCAGCACCUGGGAGGCAACUUCCCUCGCUUCCCUUCCAGUAAUAAUGAACGGUUGAGAUAUGAGUUCGGAUUCUCCCACGAUAUGGCUGCUUCCGCCGAAGCAUCACGCCAGAAUAUCGACUCGGUACCUCGGAAAAUAGCGCCGCUUCCUGUAUCCAAGCGACAGCGCAUGUUUGACGAUGACGAAGACAACGAUAGUGGGGAGCUGGGUAACUUGAAUGGCGGUACCACAUCACAACAUGAUUCGCAGCAAAGACGAGGUAGCAGGUCGUCGACAGAGUCUGGCCACACCUCCCAUGCAGCGCAGAACCAUGCGGAUACAGCUGGCAAUAGACCCAAGACGCCCUCAUCCUUGGCACCCUGCCACAUCUGCCACCGCCGCCCUACCAAGAAGUCAGACCUCGACUCAUUUGCAGACUGUCAAGGUUGUGGACAACGAUCAUGCUAUAUCUGCGUCCGAGAAUGCCAGGGCUGGGAAAAGGACGGACGACCAAGCAGCAACGGCGGCAUAAACAGCACGCAACAGGACCAAGGGCAAGAUGGACUCGAUCUCUCACGGUCAUGUACUAUGGAUGAUGUGGAUGACGACAGGCAACGGCAAUCAAGAGAAGAGGAGGAGGUAAAGAGGACCGGCCAAGCCACUCGACACAACGGCUGGACAGGCGGUGGUCAUAGGCAGAUGGUCUGCAGUCGCUGUUGUAUCGAGAAGGGUUCCGAGGGCGACAUCGUUUGCCUGGGCUGUCUCUCGCGCAUGGAGUCAGUCUAAGGUGGCUGCAACGCCCUGCCGAAGGGCAACAUUUCUUGUUUUGUUGUUUUCAGAUCAUAGCGUUCAAGGAGGUUCUUUUUUGACAGUCAAAACGCCCACGGAAGACGGUUGAGCGUACGGCACUGCUAAUGAAGGCAUGCAUAUUCAUUUAGUAAUGGAGCAAAACUGGGCAAUGCUGAGGCAGCAUGGGACAUUGUUACUUUUUUUUCUUUCGCGCAUAGGAGGAUCACCUGGAAGAUGUUACCAGGAAACAGCGAGAGCAAGGGAUAGGUUGAAAAAUACUCACGUCCCCUUAUUCUCACUACGUUGGGGAGGCUAGAGAGGCGAGAGAGAGUGCCUCGUCUAGCUGUAGUUCAAUGUGAUUCUACGGCCAACAAUACCACCAAUUUUGCCAAAUGAAGCCACCCUCAGUGCUUCAGGGAUUGAGAAUAUCAGGC